CUCACUUUGAAAGCCAGUAGUCUGUUGGCAGGUGAGCUGUAAACCAGAUUAAGUCCAAGUCAGCAAGUUACAAAUUAUUAUUUUUUAGUCUUGUGUGCAGACAGAUCAGUAGAACAAUGACUGAGAAAGACAGAUUGUUCUCCCCCGGUGCCUCUUUGGAGAUCAGCCCUUCAGUUUGCACACCCCUGUCUCUCAACUGAGGCAUUUAACUGGCUGUUGAGAAUGAAAUAACAUCUCACAGCACACCCAUCACCGGCCUCAGGCAGGGAGGAUCACUACACUGGAGAGGUAUAAAGACAGCACUCCAAAUCCAUUAGACACCUGUUGCCAAGAGCACCUGAAUGUGUGAAGGUGCUGGAGAGGAGUAUGAACUCAAUUCAUCUUCCAGCCCAUCAGAGAUCUACAGGCCUUCACCCAACUCACCCAAAAAGUGCCCAGGAAGCCACGGAGAUGGCAGUGUACUGUGACAACUUCAGCAUGUACCACCAGCAGAACCUGCACGCAUCUCAAAGAACACCCAACUAUGGAAUAGGGGACUAUGCACCUUCAACUAACCCUUAUUUAUGGCUUGGUGGACCUGGAGUUAACAAUUCACCCAGCUAUCUUCAUGGAAACAAUCCAACCUCUUACAUGCCACCUUCCUAUGGGUCUCAGAGACAGUUCUUGCCAAAUUCAUCAGGUUUUGGUGGGGCAGACCUUGGCUGGCUGUCCAUCGCCUCCCAGGAAGAACUCCUGAAGCUGGUAAGGCCUCCAUACUCAUAUUCAGCUCUCAUCGCGAUGGCCAUUCAAAAUGCUCCAGAAAAGAAACUGACCCUAAGCCAGAUCUACCAGUAUGUGGCGGACAACUUCCCUUUCUACAAGAAGAGUAAAGCUGGGUGGCAGAAUUCUAUCCGGCACAACUUGUCCUUGAACGACUGCUUCAAGAAAGUCCCGAGAGAUGAGGACGACCCAGGAAAAGGGAAUUACUGGACUCUGGACCCCAACUGUGAGAAAAUGUUUGAUAAUGGGAACUUUCGCCGGAAAAGGAAGCGCAGAUCAGAAUCCAGCAACACUGAGGCCGUUACGGGUAAAAGCGAGGACGGUCGCGGAACUCUAGGGGGAAAAGAUGGAGAGAGUCUAUCUUUGAUGACCCCGUCGUCUCCUGAGAUGGAAGCCGCCUCAGAUGGCAGGAAGAGUACCUCUCCCCCAGGAAUCACCUCCACCCCUUGCUUGAAUAACUUUUUCAGCAGCAUGACAUCCUUGGAGUCGAGCUCGGUGAACAGACAGAUGUCUCUGGGGCUGGUGAAUGAACUUUCUCAGAGAAACAUCACUGGAUUAAGCAGUUUCACCCCAGGCUCUAUGUCAGAGCCAUCUGCAGAAUUUCAGGACAGCUUGCACCUCACUAGAGCCCCCUACUAUAACUCCUUCUCUGGCGCCAACCAGAGCGGCCAAUUCAACAGCCAUUUUUACAACACUUUCAGCGUCAACAGCCUCAUAUACACAAGGGACGGCAGUGAGGUGUGAUCCCAGGAAUCUGCUGACACAGCUGACAAUCACUGGGACACUUUUCCUGUUGAAAAAAUGGGGAAGACAGACUUAGAACAAAUAACAUGAGCAAAGUUUCGUCUUGUGACCACAUGCAGUAUAACAGGUCUCUUAGACUUUGCGUACAAUAUUUUGGGAAACAAAUGUUUUGCAAGAGAAACUCUUGUUGGUCAUUAACAACAAAUGACAGCACAAACUGUAAAUACUUCUUUUAUACAUACGCAUUUUACAUUGUGUAAAUUUGGGGAGGACUUUUUUCAUAAAAAUAUUUUUUUUAUUUAUAAUGAAUGACAAGUUUUGAUAUUUUUAUAUAUUACACAGUCAAUUGGAUUGUAUGUUUUCUUUUUGCAAUAAAUCAUGCAACAAUGUCA